GUCCACCAGCCUUCAAUUGCGUCAACCCUUCGGCUUUGACUUUAUGGCCACAAGCCCCCAUCCAUUUCUCCCUUUUCCCUCUUUUUUCUUAUGAACAAAUAAAAAAAAGCAUUCAUAUCGAUAUUCUUCUCUCCCUAAUCUAUAGAGAAAAUUAUAAUUUCCUUGUUUCGAUGUUAUUCCGUAAGUUGUUACUUAGAUCCAAUGGAUGAUCCUUAUGUCCUUCGAAGGUGAUGAUUCCUUUGGUCUUCUCCGGAAGGGGGGAGAGAUAGAAGCACGGGGAGAUGAUUAUUAUCAGAAGAAGAUUGCUGUGAUUCGGGGGCAUGCUAUGCAAAUGACUACUCAUCAAGAAAAUCGCGGCCCCGACGACCAUCCAGCUUGUUUCCAUUUUGUAGGUCCCUCAGGCCCACUGGGAAGGCUGGAAAAUCUGUUGAGUCAACCAGCUAACAGAUUUUGUGCUGACUGUGGCUCUCCAGAUCCAAAAUGGGUGUCAUUGAGUCUUGGAGUAUUUAUUUGUAUCAAGUGUUCUGGGGUUCACAGAAGCCUUGGAGCGCAUAUAUCAAAGGUCUUAUCAGUGAAGCUAGAUGAGUGGACAGAUGAACAGGUUGAUUCUUUGAGUGAUGGGGGUGGUAAUGCUGCAGUAAAUAUGAGAUAUGAAGCUUUCUUGCCUGAAAAUUUCAAAAAGCCAAGACCAGAUUCUUCUAUCGAGGAACGCUCUGAUUUUAUCAAGAGAAAAUAUGAGCUGCAACAAUUUUCAAACUCUAAUGGAUUGAUUAUAUCUACAACACCUGGUAGUUUGAGCAAAACUUUGCAGAAGACUGUUUCCAGCAAAAGCUUCGAGAAACAACACACUGGCCUCCGUCAUGGACUAGGUCAUGCAUUCCGAAAUAGCUGGAGAAGGAAGGAGUCUGAGCAGAAGGCAAUAAAAAAAACGAUGGGUAUGGUUGAAUUUCUCGGUUUGAUCAAGGUCAACAUCAUAAGAGGUACCAAUUUAGCUGUUCGAGAUGUGAUGACUAGUGAUCCUUAUGUUAUCCUCAAUAUGGGACACCAAACAAUGAAAACACGGGUGAUAAAAAGCAAUUUGAAUCCCGUAUGGAAUGAAAGACUGAUGUUGUCAAUCCCAGAUCCCAUCCCACCUCUGAAGCUGCAAGUAUACGAUAAGGAUACAUUCUCAACAGAUGAUCGCAUGGGGGAGGCUGAAAUAGAUAUCCAGCCGCUGGUCUCAGCAGCCAAAGCUUAUGAAAGCUCUACCAUUUCUGAGCCCAUGCAGCUUGGGAAAUGGCUGGCCAGUGACGACAAUACGUUGGUCAAAGACAGUAUUAUUUCACUCGAUAAUGGCAAGGUAAAGCAGGAGAUCACACUCAGACUUCAAAACGUUGAACGUGGUGAAUUAGAGAUUGAACUCGAAUGUGUACCCCUAAGUCAAUAAUCACCGGAGGGGUACAAAGUACUGUAAUAUAAACUCUGGCCUUUCAUUUCGUGAUACAUGACUUGUGGGAAUCGUAGCUUUACUCCCAUGUGCUUUAUUAUCUGAUUAUAUAAUGCAACAGAACCUUUUAGCUGUCAUUAAUGAUGGAAAACAUCAUACUUCCACAGAAAA